AUGGACAGUGAAAGAUUUUGCGUAUCGAUUAUUGGCCCGUUAAUGCUGGCCGCCUUUGUGGAAUGGUUUCUCUUUCUCGCUGCAUUCUUAUAUUGCCUCGUAAAGGUGUUCCAGAAAGCCGAGCAUUGGAGUAUCAAAAUCCUUGCUGUGGCAAUGAUGAUAAUCUUCACCUUGUUAAGAGGAAUUUUCCUCCCCAUUAUGGUUGUCACCCUCCCUCUACCGACUCAACUCACUCGGAACUACCCUCCGGAGCUCGUCACCUUCCUCCAGUGGUUCGCAUUUUGGACGUUUUCAGCCUUGCUUAUCAUUCCCUGGUUGUUCUGCGUUCAUAGACUGGUCACGAACUCCAUUGGAAGAACGCAGAGAAUAAAGGAAGUCUUGGACGACCGGACGGCACCGAAGACUGUGAUUGUUAUGCCAGUAUAUAAGGAGAACCCUACAGUCUUGAUAAAAGCGAUCAAUUCGGUUGUAGGCAGUGACUACCCAUCGAAUUGUAUUCAUGUAUUCUUAUCAUACGAUGGGGUCAAUCUUGACGAGCCCUACCUUCAAGUGAUCCACCAUCUUGGAAUACCGAUUUGCCUGGAUACUUAUCCGCAGAGUAUAGAUGUGACGUAUAGGGGCGCUAGAAUCACCGUGUCUCGAUUCAAGCAUGGCGGCAAGCGACAUUGCCAGAAGUCAACGUUCAAGUUGAUUAGUCAAGUAUAUGAAGAGUACAACAGGAAACACGAUGAUCUUUUUAUGUUAUUCAUCGAUUCCGAUUGCAUCCUGGACCGACUGUGUCUGCAAAAUUUUAUGUAUGAUAUGGAGCUGAAACCGGGGAGUAAACAUAACAUGUUAGCCAUGACUGGGAUCAUCACGUCAACUACAGAAAAGAAUAGUCUCAUCACGGUGUUACAAGACUUGGAAUACAUUCAUGGCCAGCUUUUCGAGCGUUCUGUGGAAUCGGGGUGCGGCGCUGUGACCUGUCUGCCCGGCGCAUUGACGAUCCUGCGAUUUUCUGCUUUUCGAAAGAUGGCGAAGCACUACUUUGCAGACAAAGCGGAACAAUGCGAAGAUCUAUUUGACUAUGCCAAAUGCCACUUGGGAGAAGACCGGUGGCUCACGCAUCUCUUUAUGAUCGGGGCGAAGGAGCGCUAUCAGAUCCAAAUGUGUACCAGCGCGUUCUGUAAAACGGAGGCGGCCCAGACCUUCCGCACUCUCUUGAAGCAACGGCGCCGAUGGUUCCUUGGCUACAUUACAAACGAGGCAUGCAUGUUGACAGACGUCCGGCUGUGGAGACGAUAUCCCUUCCUGUGCUUGGUUCGCCUCAUGCAAAAUACUAUCCGCACAACUGCUCUCCUCUUCUUCGUUCAGAUGAUUGCCCUCAUGACAACAUCCAGUCGGGUCGCAGAUCUCCCCGUUGGCUUCAUCGCGAUAUCGCUGGGGCUGAAUUACGUGCUCAUGUUCUAUUUCGGGAUCCGAUUGAAGCGAUACAAGGCCUGGCUGUAUCCGCUGAUGUUCGUUCUCAACCCAUUCUUUAAUUGGUUAUAUAUGGUGUAUGGGAUUUUCACCGCGGGACAGCGGACCUGGGGAGGGCCACGAGCUGACGCUGCGAAAGCCGAUGAGCAUACAUCGCCCGAGGAAGCUGUUGAGCAGGCUCGAGCGCAGGGUGAUGAGCUCAAUGUCAUGGUUGAUACCUUUCGAGCCAAGGCCGACAAGAAAGGAUGCUCCAAUCGCGCUUCAGAACAGAUCGAUCGCCGUCUUUCUGGUUUGCCAGGGCCUCGCGGCAGCUACCUUGCCAAUCAUGAUGAGGCGGUGGUACCACUCGCUAGUCUAACGACCUCACCCCUGGAUGUCCCCCGAAUCGGCUUGCAUCCGAAUUGCUCUUCCGACUCUGUGGCCACGGACUCUAGUAGCAACUCCAUAUCGUUACCCUUGGACGUGGAGAGCUUGAUGAACGAAGAAGAUCGAGCGAAGCGUUCAAUGGCUCUCCAAGCGCAAGAACUCACAAGCAUUCUUCAACAAUUCGCCACGGACCCCGACGAUGGCGAUAUCCAUACGCAAGGCCCAGCGAGGCUACAGUCUGAAAGUCCUGAGACACAUGUUGCAUCGGAGCAAUCUCGAGGUGCCCCUGCCUUUGCCCCCGCCCUGAGAGAUGACACCGUUCACUGUAUGCCGCUCAGGCAGCCACAAGGAGCGCUGCAGUCUGCAUAUGCUCAACAGUCAGUUGAGCUAGGUGUAAUGACAGGGAAUCAUCGCAGUCUUCGACCGUCUCGGGGUCGGCGCCUACAAAAGACCCCGAGACAAGCAUCACAGUCAAGGAGCCCUGAGUACAUGGUGUGA